UCUCUCUCUUCCCUCUCACCCCCCGCACCGUCUUCAUUCUCGCGCGUGCGUCUAACCGGUAUGGCUGCGGGGCGCGUGCGGACCAUGAGAACGCUCCGGUCGUGAUUCGGACGCCGCGUUUAGGGGAUUAGGAACCAGUGCCUGUGUUGCGCGCGCGUGUGUGUGUGUGCGCGCGCGCUUUCCUGUGCGGCUCCGCCCGGUGUGCGGCGCGGACUGACUGCACACAUCUGAGAGUUUUAUUGGAUUGUCCGACAGCGGCGCGAGAGGACUUGUCCUGCCGCACAAAGGAAGCCAAAGAGGGAAUUAAAGGCAAAUAAAGCAGAGGACGAGGACGGGAAGGAAAAUGGGAAAGUGUCUCCUCUCUGUCGUCUUCGGGCUUUUAUUGCUCGGAGGCUGCUGCUGGGCACGAGUGGUGAAUGUGCCUCCUGGUCCACUGAUCCGGGUAGAGGGUCAGCCGGUCUCCAUCAUAUGUGAUGUCAUUGAAUACUCAGGACCUAAUGAGCAGGAUUUCGAUUGGUUGAUAUCUCCAACAGCAAAGGGGGAAACUAAGAUAAAGAUCAUCUCCACCUUCGACGCCCGGUACUCUGAUUCAUCCUACACAAAGCGCGUCGCGUCCGGAGACAUAUCGGUGGUGAGGCUCGGCGACAACGUGGUGGAGCUGAAAAUAGCCGAGCUGAAGGCUCAGGACGCUGGUUUCUACUGGUGUCUAACGCCGAGCACCGACUACGUCAUAAAGGGCAACUACGACGAUAAAGUCCAACUCAUUGUCAUUCCCAACACCCUCCAGGUCUCCCCCCAGACUCCACCCGCCAACCUCCCUGAAGGAAAUGACCUCACGCUCUCCUGCAACGUCACCCGGAGGCUCACCCUCUCCACCUACCUGUCGGUCGCCUGGUCGGUGAAGAGCGGAGCAGCUUCAGAGGAUAUUCUGACGUUCGGCCCCGAGGGAGACGUAACCACAGGCGCCAAGUUCGCCCGACGCUACGCCGACGGGGGCCUCCGGCUGGUCCCGGGGAGGAACGGACUGUUUGAGCUGGUGAUAUCUAGGGUCAUGACGUCUGAUGGCGGGACUUAUACGUGCAGUGGAACAGAGUGGUCGCAUGAAGAUGAUAACUGGAUCAAAAUUGUGGAAAGCACAAAAGAGAUCGGAACCGUCAAAGUUAUUCCCACAGGUCAGUCCCUCAGUGUGAACGCUUCAUCCUCCUCGUCUUCCUCCUCCACCUCGCUGCUCCUCUCGCCUGGCGGCUCCCUCGCCCUUCUCUGCUCCGUCAGUGCCGACAACCUUCCGGCCCUCAGCCUGGAGGUCACCUGGCUGGCCAACGACCGCGACGUCAUCACCGUGGACCGCAGCGGGGUGGUGAUCUCCAACACGUCCUCCAGCAGCGCGCCGGGCAACACGCGAGGGCAGGCCAGCGUGGAGCGGACGGGCCCGGGGGAGUACAGGCUGGGAGUGAGGGGGCUGAGUGGGGAGGAUGCGGGGGACUACACCUGCCGCGUCCGAGCUUUCAUCGACAAAGGGGGGAGGAGUUCGGGAGGAGGAGGAAGGUGGCACAUGGCAGCUGAGAAGAAGUCCAGCCCUGUGGUGGUCAAGGUGUCAGAGAUCAAACCAAACUUCACCCUGAGCUUGGAGGUGGUCCAGAACCCACAGAUGACAGCUGACCCCACAGAGCUGUCAUGUAAUGUGAUCAACAUCAGUCAUUUACCCAUAGGAGGACGACUGGGCGUCACCUGGGUGCACACGUCACUUCCUGGGGAUGAUCCUCAGACCUCACAGCCUGUUGCUUCCCUCGAUGGUGAUGGUGACCUACAGCCUGGACCCCUGUAUGCUGACCGCCUGAAGAGUGCUGGAAUAUCGCUGAGCAGAGUCCAGCCAAACACGUUUAAACUGCAAAUACCUCGUACACAGGAGGCCGACAUGGGCCAGUACGCUUGUGUUGUGUCUGCGUGGAGUCUCAGUAGCCGGGGAGACAUGGUGAAGACUGUUGAGUACAAAAGCCCUCAGCUGACUGUACGAUGGAACACCAAGACUCCAUCUCUGAACGUUGUGGCCAAACGCAUCCGUGAAGCCUCAGCUGGUGGAUCUACCUUUGAGAUGAGCUGCAACGUGUCCAGCCAGAACCUUGGGGAGGCAGGCUACAAUGUGCUCAUCCAAUCACAGGAGAAUCUGGGGAGCAAUGUGAAAACCAUCAUGUCUCUAAGCCCUGAUAACAUUGUGCAGCACGGAGGAGCCACACAGCCCAACCGGAGGGACAAUCUGGUUCUGACAAAGUCCGGGCCCAGCGAAUUCCGGUUCCGCCUGGCAGGUGUCCAGCUGACGGACAGAGGUUUCUACUGGUGCGACGUCACUGCUUUGACCAAACCGCAGCCAGGCCAGGCAUGGACCAGAGCCACAAGUGCUGAGUCCAACAAAGUUAGGAUUGACUUUCAAGAAAACGGCCCGUCCUUCACCAUCGCCAUCCGCUCCGACGACACCAGUGUUUAUCCGUCAAAAACCACCAAGAUGGAGUGUUCACUCAGUGUCUCUGGAUCCUCCCCAAAGACAGACGACCUGGCCUACGAGGUGCUUUGGUUCUUCACCAGGCUGCGCGGGGGGCAGACCACCACCCAGGUGGCCAGCGUCGACCGCUCGGGCGUCGUGAAGACGGAGCUCCGCAACUCCUCCAGCGAAGUUUCCAUCGUGCGAACGGACACGCACACGUACAUAAUGAACAUAUUUGGAACCCAGGACAGCGAUAGCGGUGAGUACUACUGUGUGGCCACUCCUUGGUAUCUGUCAGCCUCAACGGGGGCCUGGACUCAGGCCGAGAAGCUGACGUCGACCCGCGUCUUCCUCACCGUCCAGUUCGCCGUGUGGGACUCCCUAAAGUUGCCUCUUUUAUAUGGUGCUUCUGCCUCAAUAGGUGUGGGCGUCUUCUCCCUGGUCCUGGGUCUGAUCUGCGCCCAGUGCUGCUGCCGCAACACGUCGCACCUGCCCCGCUCGCGCAGCAAACUCAGCGACAUGGAGAUGGACUGACAAACACUUUCCCCCGCGCCCAUACACUGCAGCGCCCACAGGAAGCACCACGCCCACAACAGGCACACGCCUAUAGACGACUUCUGGGACACCCAGCUGUUUCCGGGCGACGGACGUUGGGAAUGAACCGGCGCCUCGCUCUCGGGGAACAGCAGCCCGGCGUCGGUGCUUCCGGAGGUGCUCGGCAGCUCUUUGAGCUCUGCAGUGUAGAAGGUGCUGGGGAUGUUUACAAGCACCCGUGGGGAAAUAGCCUUUGAGACUUUUAAUUCUAUAAAGAUUUAAUGAAAUCGGUGGCGCUUCCAGUGACUUUCACACAGCUAUAACCACUCCGUGUUCGGAAACUUUAAACAAUCCAGAGUUUAAUUUUUGAGGAAAAGGAAGCUUCUGAGACAUCACUGCCACUUGGGAGUAAAGGACCACUAAGCAAAUCGUUUGCCUCCAUUCCAACCUGGGAUAACAGAUGAAGCGCUCAGGCUGGUCCACGUAGGCCCCCCCUCUUUUCUUCUGAUGUCAUGGCUCCCUGAUGUGAAACGCGCCUCAGCAGCAGGGGGAUCUGAGAGGUGGUUGGACUUGGAGAGAAGAAAGAGACAUUUUAUUUGACUUGUUUUCAUUGAACAUGGUGUGAGCAGUGUUUUUAGACGGUCGUCUGCUGAAUUUAUCGUGUGUCCGCGGAGUCUCGGGUUCCGACAGCCUGAGCCUCGCUUCUGUCACGGGUCCAACAUUUCGGCAGCAGAAGUCCAACAAAACAAAAGUGCUCUGUGUGUUGCACCCACGGCAGGUAUGAACCAGAAUCAGCGCCCAGAGUGUUCCUCCCUGACAAGGUCAAUAUAUACAUUUAUCCUCAAGUCUAGUUUUUUGAAAAUUUAAGAGAUUUUAAAAUGAGAGAUGUUUUUAAGCUUUACAAGGAGAUAUGCAGUUAGUGUGUUUGUGCGUGAGAUUAUGUACCUGGUGCCAAUAUUUGAACGUAAAGAGGUGUGCUUGGUUCAGUUCGCCAGAUCUACACUUGAACGGUCACGAGGCCGGCGGCGGCGGCGAGCGCUCGUCCUUCCUAGAUAUUCAGAAACGUAUCCAGCUCUUAUCCAGUCGUGUGUGUGUUCGUGCACCGUGUGAUUGCCGUGCUACAGUGUGUGAGACAACGAGUUGCAUGUACCGUUUUCUAAUGAGGCUGAUGUCAUUCAUGAGCGACGCACUUCCUUUCUUGUCGAGCUGCCAAUGCUGCACAUCCAGUUUUUUUUGUUUUGUUUUGUUUUGUUUUUUCAAACCCCGUCACUGCACGGAUCCAAACUUUCAGGCGUUCGCACUGUGCAGCAGCGUGACUCUGUUUUUAACAGUGUGUAGGUGGUGCAGAGAAGCACAAUGGCCUCCACGGUUCGCAGCCGCCGAGCUGCCAACGGGAGUCGUGUGUGUCUCUGUGUCGGGGUUGAUCUUCAAAGGAGCAACUGGAGUUUGGGGUCACUUAGCAUCAAGUCUAGAACCUGAGGAACCGCCAGCUUCACUCUGACGCUCAAGCUCAGUCUUUUACAUGUUUUUCAUAAACAGAAGCUUCCGGUUUCCACUUUCUAGACUUCAUUCUAAGCUCGGUUAAUCCUGUCCCAAAUAUAAUUCUUUACAGAGCAAAUUUUGUUAUGUUGCUACAGUAACUAGUGAAAGAAGGCACCAGUAAGCUUCUGAAGCGCCCAACAAUGCUUUUUUUAUAUUCUCUUCUGCCACAGAGAAGCUUCACUCCGCACUGACUGUAAUAGAAAGACACAUAAGCUGAACGACAACAAAGCAAAGUUUGCUCUAAGCAGCCGAUGGAGGGUGUGAGUCGUGGCCAACUUGUGUCAGCUUGUGUGUGUUGGUUUUUAUUUUCUAGCACAUAAUGAACCUGUGGUGACUGGUGUAUCGUGACUGCUGUGUGAACGCUCGCUAGCAAACCCCACGCGCGGAGGGAGGACGCCCGCGUCCAGACCCAGGGGCCCGAGCCGAGCCGGGCCUGGACGGAGCUUUGUGGUGUAAAUGGUCGGAAAUGUACUUUGAGCAAUAUCACGUCUCACGUUGCCAAAAAGUCGAGCUUUUUCUUCCAGUCCAAUCUUAAAUGCAGUUCUCUGUAAUUUUACAAAACAACAGCUACUGAUGUUCCUGUUAAACCAGAAAGAUCCUUGAUCAGUGCUACGGCUCCAUCAUGGGACUUUUAAUAAAGGUGCAGGAACGAGCACUUUGGCUAAAUCUACGACAACAGACACUUUAAACACCUGUUGAGUCCCCUCCACAGACGUGUGCCUCUUCUAAAGCGCUGUCAUCAACACACAUCCAGUGUGCAGUAGGUGCACACACUCCCAAUGAGGAACACGUGGGGCUCUGAGCCAGAGGCGCUGAACAAGUAGCAAUGAUACUGCUCAAGUCACUGCAAAGCUUCUCCACUGUCUUUUUAUUUUCUCAUUUUAUUGCAUUGGUGAUUUAUCAUGUUUUUUAAAUAAAUAGAUUUGUAAGAUGUA